CGAGUCCCUAAUCUCUAUGGUUUUCACGAGUCGCUAGAGGGCGUGUGGUACGCUGGAGGACUCCCUACAUUCUUCCUCCAUUACCUCACUGCCUCCGGUGCCUGCUGGGAUACCGGAGGACUCGGGUCGGAACUCGACUCAGUCCUCCAGCCGCCCGGGGAAUACCUCUAGCGGUUCUUCCCGGCUGCCGCCGCCGCCGCUUCCUCCUCCGCCCGCCUGGCAUUCGCCCCGCCCCGUCCGCGCCGCGCGUCCGGCCCACCUGCGGGCCCGCUUCUCUCCGGAGCCCCUAUCCAGGCGCAUGGCUCCAUGAAGCAGGAGAAGGAGGCAGAGUGCGAGAGGUCCCGCCCGCCCCGGUUGCGUCUGGGCCAGAAGAAAAGGUACAGGAAGAAGGAAUGGAGUCGAAUGGAAGAAAAUUCAUUCCAGAGACAAAAUAGCUCCCCUCCUCUGUUAUAGCUGUUCCCUGGCAAUACAAACUUUCUGCUUUCAGUGAGUAGUAUUACCUUGGACGUAUUUAGAAUAGAAUUUUGUUGUUGUUUUGGUUUUAGGCCUGUGCUGGGACUUUAAAAUGUAUGUGCUUCCUUGUAUUUUUCUACUUCCAUGAGGGGCUCCCAAUGUUUGUGAAGUUCCUUCCACUUGAUCUCUUAAAAUAAUUUAAGUAUGCAAAGACAGAGGAUUUACUCUAAGCCCCCAGCGUGGCCUAGAGGGUAACAAAGCCUUAAACUUCAUAUAUGUUCUACUAAUAUAGAUAUAUAAUAAAAAGUCACCCAAAGAUCAUAGCUUAGAAGUUAGUGCAGUUCCUAAUCAAGGUCAAUUAUUGAGCCUCUUUCAUAUGGUUAUAGUCCUCAGAGAUUUCUACAACGUUUUGCUCUAACUCUGCUAUUGGUGAUACUAUCCCAUCACAAAUUUGAAAAUAGUUAAAAUUCUACAUGUAAACUGUGAACAAAGUUAUGGGAAAAAAAUUUUAUUACUGCAGCAUCCCCUUGAAUUUGUUAAUGAUAGUGUGCUGACAUUUUUAAGACAGAGUUUUUCUUAGUGCUUUGCAUUUCAUUGGAUCCUCAUAAUCCCUCUGUGAGGGAGACAGGGGACAAAUGAAGAAACCAAGACCCAGAAAGACUCAGAAGGACACAUAGGAAAGAGGUGGGAAACUCAAAACAAAACUUUUGACUCUUACAUUCAUAUUUUUCUUAAGCCAACUUGACAUGAAAAUGUAUAGUUCUACACGUUUUUCUAAAUCUAUAAAUGUAAAAGGAAAUUGUAUAGGUAAAUUGUAUUCUAUGGUGAAAUUUUUCACAUACCAAGUGUUUUGGAUACGUGUAUGUGUGUACUGUGGGGUUUCAAAAAUAUAGAAAUGAUUAUUUGAAAUGGUUACCAGAAUGUUUGUGGGUUUUUCACCUAUUUCCUGGAAUAGAGCCAUAAGUAGGCCAGAAUUACAGCACAGGUGCCAUUUCAGUACCCGUAAUAUAAUUAUUAAAUUGAAUUUCUGUUCAACACGGUGUCAAAGGAAACGACAGCCUGCUGCUUUCUGUGGAAGGCUUGAUUUGAGCAGACAUCUGGACGUUAAAUGAUAACAGAGAAAAUGUAGAGAACUCCUUUUUGCUUUGCCUCUUUUCCACCUCCCAAAUCUAUUUUCUUUGUUAUGAGGCCAUGCUCUUCAGUAAGGUGUUUUGAGGCUUGUCUUCAAAAGAUGAAUCUAAAUUUUUUGCACCUCCAGGCUUUUCUAGGUAAUUGUUUCCAGGUUAUUGUUUGAAAUCUACCCCUAUCUAACUACUUUGACACAGUAGUUUGAUUAGUUCUCAGUACCUAUAAAGACUUAAGACUAUAACAGCAUAUUUAGCAAAUUUAGUCUCUUUUUAGUCUGUAUAAGCUUAAAUGAGUACUCUAAUAGACUAUAAUUCUGUUCAACUCUGCGACAGCCUGCGGUUCUUUUUUUAUAUUUCCUGGCAUCUCACAAUGAAAGGAACAGCAGGUGAUUUAUUAAAAGGCACUGCUCUCCAAAGAGGAAGAACAUCAAGGUCAUCAGAGUAAUAAUCCCAUGGUUCUGCAGCAUUCCAGACCUCAAGCACUGAAUCAGGAUGGGAAAAAGACGUUGUGUUCCUCCACUGGAGCCCAAGUUGGCAGCAGGUUGUUGUGGGGUCAAGAAGCCCAAACUUUCUGGAAGCGGAACACACAGUCACGGGAACCAGUCCACAACUGUGCCUGGCUCUAGUACAGGACCUCUUCAAAACCACCAGCAUGUGGACAGCAACAGUGGACGGGAGAAUGCAUCGGACUUAACUCUGGGACCUGGAAACUCUCCCAUUACACGAAUGAAUCCCGCAUCGGGAGCGCUGAGCCCUCUCCCCCGGCCCAACGGAACUGCCAACACCACCAAGAACCUGGUGGUGACUGCGGAGAUGUGCUGCUACUGCUUUGACGUGCUCUACUGUCACCUCUAUGGCUUCCCACAGCCACGACUUCCUAGAUUCACCAAUGACCCCUAUCCGCUCUUUGUGACAUGGAAGACAGGGCGGGACAAGCGGCUUCGUGGCUGCAUUGGGACCUUCUCAGCCAUGAAUCUUCACUCAGGACUCAGGGAAUACACGUUAACCAGUGCACUUAAGGACAGCCGAUUUCCCCCCCUGACCCGAGAGGAGCUGCCUAAACUUUUCUGCUCUGUCUCCCUCCUUACUAACUUUGAGGAUGCCACUGAUUACCUGGACUGGGAGGUAGGGGUCCAUGGGAUUCGAAUUGAAUUCAUCAAUGAAAAAGGCAUCAAACGUACAGCCACAUACUUACCUGAGGUUGCUAAGGAACAAGACUGGGAUCACAUCCAGACCAUAGACUCCUUGCUCAGGAAAGGUGGCUUUAAGGCUCCAAUUACCAGUGAAUUCAGAAAAACGAUCAAACUCACCAGGUACCGAAGUGAGAAGGUGACAAUCAGUUAUGCAGAGUAUAUUGCUUCUCGUCAGCACUGUUUCCAGAAUGGCACUCUUCAUGCCCCGCCCCUCUACAAUCAUUACUCCUGACACACGGCUGCAUGACCAGUCCCACCCCCCUGUGGCCGCCAAUGGCUAUGACAUCAUUGGAGCAGAUGCCUCCUCUUCCUGGUCCAGUUACUUUUAUUACUGCACCAUUUUAUGAUGCUAGCUUCCGUUGCCAAGUCUGCCUCCAGCUGACUGAGGGGGUGGGGGGGUUCCACUGAAUGAAACCGAACUUGAGGGGCCCAAGCCUUAUCUCAGCCUUUCCUCAAUAUGGGGUUCAGUUGGAUUGGGGCUCCUCCAUGAUUAAUAAGAUUUACUAUGUGGGUUCAGAAGACCUUUGGCAUGCAGGUGCCACUGGUGAUUUGCUGCAUGUGUGUUGGCCACAUAAUGGAAGCUGGAAUUAAAGAUCCGUGAAGGCUCACCCCACACACACCCCUACAACCUCUCCAGAUGAAGUAGGUAUGUUCCCCUGGCAGUCUGGGCAACGGAGACCAACAAAAACAUUUUUAGGUUGUUUUAAAUUCCUUUUUUUAAACUUCCAGUUUAUCACAUACCAAGAAUUGAUCACAGCCUCCAUGUUUCAUAACCGGACACCAUGUUAGGGUUGAGCGUGGGCACCAUGAGUCUUUUGAGGCUCCUGGACAGAGACCCACAUCAAGAUCGGAAGCCCUUUGGUUGGCGUUGCAGAUCUCAUCAUUGCUCAAUAAGCCUUGAAGGUUUUAAAUCUCAUCCUAGUAUCAGUUGGAUUUUCUGGCAUUCUUCCUACACUGAGUCUCCUGGUAUAAACAGAGCACUGUGGUGUAGCCUGCUGAGGAAUGGAAUGGAGAUGCCCACAGGAGGGCAUGAUGUCAUCACUGCACACAUGUGAAAGGAGAGAUCUCUUCCUUACUACCAGGCUACCUCACUCUACUGGUAGCAGUGCCUAUAGCUGGACCUAGGUUCUCAGAAAGCAUAGAUAAUUCAGACAAGCAGCUUGGUUGGUGUUUUAUAAGGACACAUUGUCAUAGGAGAGAAUCCAGGGUCUCCAAGCUGUUUUUCUUUCCAGGCAAGCAUUCUGAAGGACCUUUAACAGGGGAGUUCCUGCAGGACUUUAGAACAAAACUGUAAUUAAACAAGGUGAAUCUUUAUUUUGCCUAACAUGCUGGGAAUCUUCACCCCACCAAGGGAAAUUCCUGAAACUCAUUUUAUUCAAGAUCACUCAAACUUUCAUGUGACAUACUUCCCUUUCCCAUUGUUGCUGAUUUCCAAAUAUCUGUCAGCAAGUGUCUCUCCUUUUGCCUGUUCUUCACUCAUUUGGUGGCAAAGCUAUAGAACUAGGGGACUUGGAAGAUGCUUUGGAAACAUUGUAACAGAGGCACUGCUAAAAUGAUUCACAGGAAGAGGUGGCCAGUUGGAAGAAAGGAUCCUAAAGAUGUUAACACUGGUUUUCAGCAACAUGUUUAGAGAACUCGAAGUGGAUUGGGUUUCAACCCAGCGAACACAUAAUGUUUUGAUUUAGUAUAUUUGUUAAAGUUUAUGUGGUGAUAGUGUGGCUUUCCGAAAUGGGCAAGUAAGUCGAGCUCUUUUGAGUUUCCUUCUGCUGGGAAUGGGGGAGGGGGAGCAGGGGCACAAUGUGAGAAAUGACAUCGUGCUAUUCUAGGCAUCACUGUCUUGUUUCUUGGGAAAAAGAAUGAAAGGGUGAGUGGGUUUGCUUGGCACAGUCCUCUGCUCUUCGAGGAUGUGGGAAGUGCAAGGGAACUGUGGGGCUGACAUCAGGACACCCGUGCCAGGGCACCCGUUGUAACUGUGCUAGGCUCUCUCCUGCCACUGUUCCCUUGCAAUGUUGAUGAAAACCCCUUGAAGAUGAAGGGAUCACUGAAUGAUUUCCUGCUGCUGAGAAGAAUAAAUCAGUCUUGUACCAUGGCUUGAUGUAAGGGUGGUCAGCUCUGGACUAAACCAUCCACCUCCAAUUUGUACAACAGUAUUGGUACAUAGGGCUACACUCAUUAAUGUUCAAGUGUUCUACGUUAAAAGUUGUGUUUAAUUUCUAAAGAUUAAAAAAGCAAAAAAAUUGGUGCUAAACUUUCACCCGAGUGCGCUCAGUGAGACUGGUCAUGCAAGCAUUUACAGUGCCAUGCUCUUCACGCCUGUUUGUCUGUAUAAAUGUCACCCUAUUUGUCUUCCCCAGUGUAGAGUUUGUUUUUUAUUUUAUUUUAUUGAGUGUGGGAUAGGAUACCUGCCAUUUAAGAAAGUGAACAGAAAAAAUUAACCCAUGAAAUGGGGUGGUGGGGGGGAAUCAGUGCACAAGAAUCAGGCUGGUUUAAGCCCAGCACCACACUGAAGGUGGGCUCUGGUUUUUGGAGUGAAGAAGCCUUACUCCCUCCACAUUUCCUCAUGCUCCACACAAGUCUAGCAAUGGGAAUGUGCUCGUUCCUCUUGCCUUGCCAAGGGGACUCAGGAGUCAACCAAGGAAAACUCUUUGGCCCUGUAAAUAAUGGCACUGUCAGUGUCAGUCCUGAAUGGGGCCUAGUCAGGAAGCGGUCUGGAAGCGUACAGUUAUGGUCACCUCAUGAACAUGCAUGGCAGGUGGCUCUCAGGAAAAAUACCAAGUCUGGAUCAUCCAUGUGGCAGCUUUGCAUAGGCAGAUGACAGCUCUGAACUGGAACUGAACCGCCUUGCACAUGCUUGACCAAAUCAGUGAUGAGGGUGGCCAGAUAAUGGGGUGUGAUUGGUAGGCUUAAAGAAAGGGUCUGUUUUUUUGCUUAGUAUUUCCUUUGUCCUUGGGCUGCUCAAGCUGAACAGUAGGUAACCAGUUUUCAAGGAACCAGCCCAACUUUGCUGGCUUGGUUCAGAGUUUGUUUCAUCCCUAGCUGUGAGUGCCUUUUGGUCUGGAAAAUUGGCUUGUCUUGUAAUACCCACAGCUGGGACAUUCUCUGUAAUUAUGAAUUGUCCUCAUUUUACAUUAAAAGAGAAUGAUCACUAGAGUUUGUCGGUGUUGGAUUGUUUCACUGUGAGGUUCUUAAUCUUUUUCCCUUCAUAAUAUUAAAGCAACUCAUGUUAGAGACCCUUUUAACAAGAAGGAUUUGUAGUUGAGAUAUAUUUUAUUGUUAUAAUGUCAUCUAUACAAAAGUCCUAGGUGUUGAUAUUUGCACAAGGUGUGUUUUCCAUAUGUGAACAUCUACAAUUACACUAACUGUUGAUGUUAUUUUCUACCGGAAUUCUGGAACCUAGGAAACUAUGUUUUGUUUUUGUUUCUUUUCACUCUCAUUUCCCUGAAGCAAGAGACUUUGUAUGGCCUUCAGUACAAAGACUUCAGACCAAUUCUUUGUAUUACACUUGGUUGCCUCUUGGCUAUAUAACUUCUGAGUGCAAAUCAUUGAACUCUUUAACAAAGUAUUGUAGAGAAUAAAUCAUAAUGG